AUGGAUCAAAAUGUUGAAGAUUUUUUGCAGUCAAACAAUAACUUCUUGCCAAUACGGUACUCUUACUCGGACAUCAAGAAAAUCACGGGCAGUCUCAAGGACAAGCUAGGCAAGGGAGGGUACGGUUCCAUUUUCAAAAGAAGACUCCGGAGCAGCCACGAGGUGGCUGUGAAGAUUCUGAAGAAGGGGAAAGCGAACUGGCAGGACUUCAUCAGUGAAGUGGCUACCAUCGGAAAAAUUUACUGUGUUAAUGUGGUUGGACUCAUUGUGUACAAAAUUGCUCUUGGAGUGGCCAGAGGGAUUGAGUAUCUUCAUCGAGGAUGCGACAUUCAAAUUUCACACUUUGAUAUCAAGCAUAAGAACAUUCUUCUCGAUAAGGAUUUUAACCCAAAAAUUUCUGACUUUGGGCUUGCCAAAUUGUAUCCCACGGACUACAACACCAUAUCCAUGACUGUUGUAAGAGGAACGUUAGGAUGCAUGGCUCCAGAGCUGGUCUAUAGGAACCUCGGGGGCGUCUCUUACAAAGCUGAUGUCUACAGUUUCGGUAAAUUGCUGAUGGACAUGGCUAGUGGAAGCAAGAAUAUGGAUGCAGAUGUAGAGCAUUCAAGCCAGACGUGCUUUCCUAUAUGGGUUCAUGACCAACUCUGCGAAGGAUUGAACGUUCCCAUAAAAAAUGUCAGCAAGGAGGAUAGGAGUAUUACAAAGAAAAUAAUGAUUGUUGCUCUUUGGUGCAUUCAAUUGCAUCCGGGCAACCGCCCUUCGAUGCGCAAAGCCUUGGAAAUGUUGGAAGGAGAAGUAGAUGACCUACGAAUACCUCCGAAGCCACUCUUUCGUCCAGCAGAAUUGUCAACAAGGAUGAUGGAACUUGGACUAACAAUGGCGAAGCGACUGGAUGCACUUCAUCAACUGGUGCAUUAA